AUGAAUGACCAAUUGCAAAAUCUGUUAGCAUGGGCCCAGGAUAAACAUAAUUGCCACAUUCCAUCAAAUGUCAAGUUCCUGUAUGAUGAUAUAAAAGGAAUUACAUGUAUAUACAAAGGUGAUGGAGAAGAAGCAGAAAAUAAAGAUGAAGACGAAAUUUUGUGUGAAAUUACUAUACCUUAUGAAAUGAUUUUGACAGCAGAUAAAGCUGUAAAAUACUUUCAUUCCAGAUGUUUGAAAUCUUUUUUAACUGAAAAAAAUAGUAAUAUUAACGACAAUUCGUUACUUAAAUUUUAUAUCGCUAAACUAAAAUUUGGAACCAAUUUAAUAAAAUGUUCCGACGAAGGAGAGGAACAAUUUAUUCCAUAUAUUGAUGCACUGCCAUUAAAUCUUAAUUGUCCAUUAAUAUGGAAUCCUUUGGAACUAUCUUUGCUAUUUUCAACCAAUCUAAGACAAUCUUGGAAAUCUAAUAUAACAAAUGUUUAUAAUGAGUGGAAAAAUGUUAUUAGCUGGUACAAUAGAAGCUUUAAUUCAAAUGAAAAUAUCGAAUAUGAUAUAGAAACUAGUUCAAUGGAGGAUAUAUAUCUGAAAUAUACUUUUAAAUUAAAUCCUUCAUCAUCAUCAUUUUCUUCUUCUUCUAAUUCUAUCAUUACGUGGACCUCGUUUGAAGCUUUUUUGUGGGCUCAUUUGAUUGCCACCUCAAGAGCAUUCCCUGAAUACGUUAUAAACAAGAAUACUGACAACAACAUUACUGGAAAUAAAUCAAAUAUAAUGUUUUUACCAGUUAUAGAUUUAUUAAAUCAUGAUUAUAAUGCCAAGGUUGAGUGGUUUCCUGUCAAACCAGCUACUGCUACGCAUCCAAUAACUGCCAAUGGUUUUGGGUUGCGAGUUUUCUGUAAACAUAUUGAAGGAUGUGAAAUUUUCAAUAAUUAUGGUCCCAAAAGUAAUGAGGAACUAUUGAAUGGAUAUGGGUUUGUUCUUGAAAAUAACAUUAAUGAUACUGUAGCAUUGCGUUUGCAUGUUCCCCUUUCAACCGAAGAAUUGCACCGGUUGUUAAAUUUUGGUGUACAAUUACCAGUACUAGAGGACUACACUACAUAUGCAUUUGAUGUUCGUGGUAAUGAUACUAACAGUAGACAAAAUGGCAUGGAUAAUGAUACUAGAGUCCAAAUUUUGGUGAAAGAAGGUUCAUUAUUUUUAAUCAAUCACGAUUUACCUAUUUCAUACUUGAAAAAUAUGAUUCGGGUUUUCGGUAGUAUUUCGUCUGAAAGACCGCCAAAUGUUCUUAUUACAAUGUUAGAGGGAUGUUAUUUACUAAGAACUGCUUUAAAAAUGAAAUUGAAAAAAAUAACCGCAUCUAAGCACGAACAAACUCCAAUUUCUAAUGAAGAAGAAGAUUACAAACUCAACCCUUAUAGAAAAUACUGUGCUACUGUCUAUUAUAAGUCACAGAUUAAGUUAUUAAAGCAAGCAAUUAAAAAAGUGAACAAAUAUUACGAAAUUUUACUAAAGAGGAACGACCCACAUGUUGUUACAAUCCAGAAGCUAUUAACUUCUGAGGAUUUUCUCAAAUAUUUAAGUUAUUUUAAAUCAAAAAUAAAAAAUCAAGAGAUGAGGAAUGAUGAAAUAAUGGAGCAAAUUAAUGAAGAGUAUUUAUUUUGUUUGUGGAUUAAUAAAACCCAUUUAGCAGAUAAAAUUGAACAAGAAGUUUGUGAUCAGUAUUCAGAAAGUGCUUCUAAAAUUUGGCGAGAAGUAGAACAAAAUGAAAUACCUUUAGAGGAAUUCACAAAAGCUUUUGCAUUUUUUCAAUCAAGUUCAUAUGAGAAUAAUAAUGAAUCGAUUUUAGUUUUACCACUUGAAAUUUAG